UCGGAUUCGCGCCCUUGAUGGAGGGCUGAUUGCCCAUUUCACCGUCGCGCUUUGCCUCGCCUUGCCGCGCCCGCGGCUUGCGCGCAGGCAUAGUGGAAGGAGGUAGAGAAAGGAGAGAGGGGCCAAAGAGCGGGCGGAACAGCAGGGAAGUGCGAACACAUACACACACACACACACACACACACACACACAGAGAGAGAGAGAGAGAGAGAGAGAGAGAGAGAGAGAGAGAGAGAGAGAGAGAGUGGAAGAAAGUCGAGCAAGAUGAGUGCAGAAAAGCUCUGUAACGUUCUGGAGGAAAUGGGAUAUGGAGAUGGACACCUCGAUCCCGACAGUUUCGAGUGGCCGUUCCAAUACGAGGAAACAAGACCGUUGAUGGAAUGGAUGUGUAAUCACUUGAGAGUGACGAACGUGCUGGCUGUCCAAGAGCUGCAAGCAUUCAACCAGGUUGUGAGCGAAGGCAAAGUGCUUGAGGGCGAGGAUUUAGACGCAGCUUUUGAGAGCAUUUCUGCGUUUGAGCCGGGAUGGAGUGCCGCAGAUGCGGUGCUUGGAAUCGAGGAGUCUAUUAAAGACAUAAGGUUAAUUCAAGAGGAGAGCGGUGAUGUGAGGAUCGGAAGGGGGGCCUUGGUCGGGUUUGUCCAUUUGGAGCAAGUCCUCGCGACUCUCGUGGUCGAUAACAAGACAAUAGUAAGCGGAGUCGGGGUGUUCACGAGAUAUGUGAAGGAACUGGUGAGGGGAGACAAGGGGUGGGGUAGAAGGGGGAAGAAGUUUUUGGAGACGGAGGGGUGGAGAGGAAGAAGGCGGUCGGGAGGCACGAUCUUGGCGUUCCAUCCGCAUAAGGUGGGCGGCCCGGAGGUCCUCAAUGGUGAAUUGGGAGGGGUCGAGAGAGGCAAUGUCGAAGUCGUCAUCGGAGGUCGGUGGAGUGGUGUCGUCAGGGGUGAUGUUAUGGAAGAAGCGGGGGCAGGAGGGAGCGGGCGCGAACUGAUGAUGGGGGUGGAGGAGUCGAUCGUGAUGAAGCAUGCGAGAGAGGAGGUCAGCAAAGUGCAUGUCGGGUUCGUGGGCGAGGGCGGUUGCAAGAUCUUUGUGGCAUACUCGCUUGAUGCGGGAGAUGAACGCAAAGUCAUGAAUGAUGGUGGUGGGGAGGUGAUGGGGGAGGGAGCGGAUGUAUUGGACGAAGCGGUGAUUGAGAAGGUUGGCCCAUUAGAGGAAGGAGUGACGCGGUCCUCCAUAGGCGCGGCGGUUGCUGACUUCGGCCAUCCACCAUUUGGCGGCAUUGCCGAGGAGGCGGGAGGUGGCAAUGGGAAACCAGUGGACAAGGGGCAUGUGGUGGAGCUUGAAAGAGUUCUGGAGCUGGGUAAGGAAGAGGAAAACGUCCCCGUGGGGAAGGCCGAAGAAGGGCAUGAUGUCGGCGGAUCGGAUGGAACGGGGGAUUUCCCCUUCGCGGGAAACAAUCCGGGCGAGGGUGUUGAAGUUGAGGUUAUCGGGGGUAGUGUCAUAGCAGGUGUAAUCAAAUUGGUUGUUGUCGUCAAGGAGGUAGUUGGGGGGAAGUUGUGGCUUUGCGUGGUAAACCCCGAAGGAUGGAGAGGAGGGAUGGGGGGUUGGGUGUUCUCCCCGAUGGCUUGUUGGCCAACGAGUUCGCGGUGGAUGUCCGCCAUGGAGUCGUCGCGGAGAGAGCUCAUGUUGAGGCGUGAAGCACCUUCGUCCAUUGGAGAGGACGAAGGCGAGGUGGCGGAGGAAGAUGGAGCAGUGGAGGUGGUAGCAGAGGAUGUGAUAGCGGCCGCGGUGGUGGCGGCGGCGGCGCGUUGGGAGGUCUUGGUUUGGCAUGGUGGCAUGUGGAGAAGGGGGGGACAAUUCCUAUUUAGAAGAGUAGAGCGUCAACAAGUGAUUUAGCAAUGAAGGAAGCAGAGAAUC